CUGGUCUUGAACUCCCUACCUCAGGUGAUCCACCCGCCUUGGCCUCCCAAAGUGCUGGGAUUCCAGGCAUGAGCCCCGCGCCUGGCCGCCUGUGCUUGUUUCUUUACGAUGACGACACUCAUGGGGCCCUUACCACUGAUGAGGCGUCUGCCUUGGUCUUUGUGAGCUGGUGCUGGGAUUCCAGGCGUGAGCCCUGCGCCCGGCUGCCUGUGCUUGUUUCUUUACGAUGACGACACUUAUCACCGAUGAGGCGUCUGCCUUGGUCUUUGUGAGCCGGCCCACCUGUAAUGCACCUGCUGUUGUCCUUGGGGAGGAAACUGAGGCAAGCCAUGGCUCCGUGGAGGGGUCUGAGCCACACUCGACUGUGCUGUGGCCCAGAGUAGGAUGGCUGAAGGUGAGGGAGGGGCAAGAGGUGCCCAGAAGUGGCUAAGGCAGCCUCCAGCACCACUGGCCUCAGCCUCACCUGCAAGGAGGAAACCUUAGGCAGAAGGUACACUGGGCAGUGCUUACCCCAACUCAGUGUCAGCACCUGUGGGUGGCGUGGGAAUGGGAGUUCUCCGGACCGGCCCAGCUCAGCAAGUCAGAACCUGGGAGGAACACCAGUGAAUGGGACCAGGGCAGGCCACCCCUCCCUGCUGGGAGCGGCUCCUUCCUGCCGUGAGCUGCUGUGGCCGAGAGCAGCCUCCUGGAGGGGCAUGUUGGGGACCACGUGGUCUGCAGCGAGGCAGCGUGAUUCCAGGGUGGGGCCUGGUGGUUCCAUUCACAGCUGCGUACCUGGGCUCGUGCGUCCCUGGCCUGGCCAGCAUAGUGUUGGCUUCCACGGGUCUCUUGGCCAGCUGGGGCAACCAGAGCAUGCCCAUGCCAGGUAGAUCAGCCUGAGUCCACUCUGCUGUUCAGACAGCCCAGCCAGUGACACGGCUCCCAGGAGCCCAGGCUCCGUGCCCCCGCUCAGGACAGCCUCUGCCUCCCCGACCCUGGGCUGUCUCCUGCCCACUUCCCAGAUGAGGGGUGUAGCCGCCUCCGGGGAGCAGAAUGAGGAGAGGAAGCACCUGUGGACACAGACAGAUGGGCCAGUCCUGCCUCUGAGGCAGCUCCCAGGAGUGGCCUACUUUUCAGGAGUAUGACCUCCAUGUGGAGUCUUCCCUUUUCCCUGAGCUCCUGGCAGCCCCUGCCUCAGUACUAGAAGCUCCAAGAGAAACCCGUGGUAGGAGGAAGCUGACUCUCAUGGUGACCUGUCCGCCCCGGGAGAGCUUAGGGCUGCCAGGACCUCUCUGUGCACAUCCUUGACAAACUGCUGAGGGUGGGGCGGAACCCCGGUUUCUGUGGGCUCUCGGAGAGGUGACUGUGUCCGCUGUGCUCUGCUGAGCCCUGGGUGGUUGCAGGUCCCUGCAGGAUCCCCCGUGAGUGGGGGCAGGGCAGGGCAGUUAUUUUCAGAUGGUGCCAGGGGGUGGAGUUUCAGAUUUGUUUAUGCCUGUCGGAAGCACUUUGGGGCUAGGAAUGGGGUGCCCAGCUCAGCACUGACGUUCGGGACAUCUGGCCAAGAGGCGCCUCAGAUUUCCCUGUCCUGCUGUGGGGGGUUCACUCUGUAGCCCCAGGCAGGCCAGGGGACUGUAGCUUUUUCCAGGGGAUCCAGGAGGGGUGCAGGCACAUGGCGCAGGGUGGUCCUCCGCAAGCCUGCGGCCCUAGGCUGGCCGAAUGUGCCAGCGCACACACAGGAGGGGGCAGUUCACACCAAGGGCUGGCUCGAGGAUUGUCAGGGCCACACCAGGCAAAGCCAGCGCUAUUAAUAUCAGGCACACACAAGCCCCCAGCUGGGUGAUCCUCUUAUGCCUGUGGCCUUGGCCUCUGAGGACGGCAGUGAGUGCUGUGCCCUCAGUACGGUAGGGGCUCCAAGGGCCUCCUAGCUGCUGAGUCUCUGCUGACACUUGGCAGGCAGCUUCUACCAGCCGAGGGUCUCACCCCCAGCCCCCGGCUCUGCACCCACUGUGCUGCCCAUAGGAGUAGUCCUGCCCAUGGACGGGCAGUUCAGGUGGCCGGAGCUCCUGAGCUGCCUUAGGGGACUACUGUGGGUCUGAGGUGGUGAUGCCCCCGACGGCUGCCUGCGCCUGAGCCCCCACGCAUCCACCCCUGGGGCCACUCGCUGUUCAGGAGCACCCACCCGUGUCCUCGACCAUGAGCAGCCCCCCAUCUUACCCUGGCAUCAGGAUCUCAGGGUGCCGGGCCCUUGGAGCAGAAGGCGGCAAUGCAGAGUCCCUGGACAGGCUCCUGCCACCCGUGGGCACCGGGCACUCUCCCCGGAAGCGGACCACCAGCCAGUGCAAGUCAGAGCCUCCCCUGCUGCGCACCAGCAAGCGCACCAUCUACACCGCAGGGCGGCCGCCCUGGUACAACGAGCACGGCACGCAGUCCAAGGAGGCCUUCGCCAUCGGCCUGGGAGGUGGCAGUGCCUCUGGGAAGACCACUGUUGCCAGAAUGAUCAUUGAAGCCCUGGACGUGCCCUGGGUGGUCUUGCUGUCCAUGGACUCCUUCUACAAGGUGCUGACCGAGCAGCAGCAGGAACAGGCCGCACACAACAACUUCAACUUCGACCACCCGGACGCCUUUGACUUCGACCUCAUCAUUUCCACCCUCAAGAAACUGAAGCAGGGGAAGAGUGUCAAGGUGCCCGUCUAUGACUUCACCACGCACAGCCGGAAGAGGGACUGGAAAACACUGUAUGGUGCAAACGUCAUCAUCUUUGAGGGCAUCAUGGCCUUUGCUGACAAGACACUGCUGGAGCUCCUGGACAUGAAGAUCUUUGUGGACACAGACUCUGACAUCCGCCUGGUACGGCGGCUGCGCCGGGACAUCAGUGAGCGCGGCCGGGACAUCGAGGGUGUCAUCAAGCAGUACAACAAGUUUGUCAAGCCCUCCUUCGACCAGUACAUCCAGCCCACCAUGCGCCUGGCAGACAUCGUGGUGCCCAGAGGGAGCGGCAACACGGUGGCCAUCGACCUGAUCGUGCAGCACGUGCACAGCCAGCUGGAGGAGCAGAGGAAGCUACGUUGGGAUAUGGCUGCGCUGGCCUCGGCACACCAGUGCCACCCGCUGCCCCAGACGCUGAGCGUUCUGAAGAGCACGCCGCAGGUGCGAGGCAUGCACACCAUCAUCAGGGACAAGGAGACCAGUCGCGACGAGUUCAUCUUCUACUCCAAGAGACUGAUGCGGCUGCUCAUCGAGCACGCGCUCUCCUUCCUACCCUUUCAGGACUGCGUUGUGCGGACCCCGCAGGGGCAGGAUUACGCGGGCAAGUGCUAUGCGGGGAAGCAGAUCACAGGUGUGUCCAUCCUGCGUGCCGGUGAAACCAUGGAGCCCGCCCUGCGCGCUGUGUGCAAAGACGUGCGCAUCGGCACCAUCCUCAUCCAGACCAACCAGCUUACCGGGGAGCCCGAGCUGCACUACCUGAGGCUGCCCAAGGACAUCAGCGAUGACCACGUGAUCCUCAUGGACUGCACCGUGUCCACGGGCGCCGCGGCCAUGAUGGCGGUGCGCGUGCUCCUGGACCACGACGUGCCUGAGGACAAGAUCUUUCUGCUGUCACUGCUCAUGGCAGAGAUGGGCGUGCACUCAGUGGCCUAUGCGUUUCCACGAGUGAGAAUCAUCACCACGGCGGUGGACAAGCGGGUCAAUGACCUUUUCCGCAUCAUCCCAGGCAUUGGUGAGGCUGCCCAGGCCCUUCAGCCGUGCAUGAGGGCAAGGUGGGUGGCCCUGGGAGGCCCCACCACACACUGGCCCGCUUUCUCCAGGGAACUUUGGCGACCGCUACUUUGGGACAGACGCGGUCCCCGAUGGCAGUGACGAGGAGGAAGUGGCCUACACGGGUUAGCUGCCCAGUGAGCCAUCCCUGUCCCCGCCACCCUCCUUCUGCCUCCUGACCCAGGAUUGCCGAAUACAAAGAUGUUAAUUUUUACAAUGUUACCAGUAUAAUUUAUUUUAUGCAUUUUAUAAAAUAAAGAAAGCUUUAGAAAAAUGAA